CAAAACCGAAGACUCCUCCUGAUUGCUCCCCCAAAGCGUCUUCCGGCACCAAGACAAAGCCUUUAUCCACCCAUUCCUGCCGGCCGAUUGGAAAACCACUCCACAAAGAGGUUCUGCCAACUACCCUUGUCGCAAUUGUUUGUGGAGAGAACAAAUAGAUUGCUUCAUUAUCCCUCGACUAUUCGACCAUUCGCCCUGGUUGACGCGCCUCUAGCCGCUUCAUCGGUUGACAGCCAGGCAGAACCCUCGCGGCGCGUUACCUCAUCCCCAAACAAACGAUUCUGUGUGACGUGCCUGACAACCCUCCAUCGGCACGUCCUUGACUCUUCACACCAUGGAGUAUUCGACGCAAUACCCACAACCCCAUAGUCAACACCCACAUGCUUCUGCACAUAUGUCUGGCCCUUACCAAACAUCCCAAAAUACCGCCACGCCUGUUGGACAAAUCGCAUCCCCGACGAACCCCCAAAGCCAAAUUCAUCACGGCCACACGAACCAUCAAGCAUCACCGAUUCUGCCGUCACAAUCGCAUUAUCAAGCACCGCAACCAGCCACUGGCCAGGUGCAGCAGCAGAUGAACUUUUCUCAACCUUAUGCCGCCAUGGCACCUUCAUACGGAAUCUCUCCCACGCAGGCGGCAGCAAUGGCGACAGCAGCGGCUUCGGGACAGUUUUUCCCUUUACAUCAAGAGUCGAUGGGUGGGAUGGGACAAGCGGCACGUGGAUCGCCGAGAAUGCCACAGGCUAAUAAAGAGCGCCACCCGCGAUCCCCCCCUCAGGUCGCCGGCCAGAUGUCCUCAUUACCCAACCAAGUACCCAUGCCGCAGAAUGCAUCUAUGCAACAACAGCGAAGAAUGAGUCAACAGAUGAACAGCCCUCAUGUCCAAAACGCGCAGCCGGUUAUGAACCACACCAUGUCUCGCCCAUCUGGGCAACCGUCGAUGCCACCACCUCCCCCAGCUCACCAGCCGGUGCAGCAAAGUCAGCCCUCACCAGAAAUCGUUACAGGCCCGGCAGAGGAAUCGCCAUUAUACGUUAAUGCCAAGCAGUUCCACCGCAUCCUGAAGCGACGCGUUGCGCGCCAGAAAUUGGAAGAACAGCUAAGGCUUACGUCGAAAGGAAGAAAACCUUACUUGCACGAAUCCCGACACAAUCACGCGAUGCGACGGCCUCGCGGCCCCGGGGGAAGGUUCCUUACUGCAGAGGAGGUGGCUGCUAUGGAGAAGCAGCAAGCUGCUAACGCAACUGGCGUGGAAAAUAUCCCGAACCACGCCGCUUCCAAAGACCACACUUCUGGCUCCACAGGUGUUGCAUCCAGCACCACUAUCGGACAGAAACGGAAAGCCGCUGGAGCUAUGAACAGUAAUCAGUCCAAAAAGGUGAAGCCUGGCCUCCAGCAAUCCAGGAUUUCAAUGGCAGAAGGUGGUCUUGAGAACGAUGUCGAUGCAGACGGUUGA